AUCGUUACAUUUUGCAUGACCGUAGGGUUAAGUUCAGUAGGGUUGAUUGCCUUUAACGAACACGCUCUUGGUGGAUUGGUCCUCCCUUCUCACGAGUACACGUGGGAACUGGAAGACAACACGGGUACGAAUCUACCGUUCUUGAAGAGACUGCGCAAUUUCGUCAACAUGUGGUAUAACAUUUACCACUACUACCAUGUGCUCAUUCCUAACCAACAGAAACUGGCCGAGGAAUAUUUUGGGCCUCUACCACCAAUGCUAGACGUAUUGAAGAACGUUAGCUUGCUUUUCAUCAAUCAGGCCGAUGUUAUGAUAGCGGCUCGGCCGAAACUUCCAAACAUAAUCACAUAUACAUCAUCCCACAUAGAAAAGAAGCUGACUCCCCUGCAUAAGGACUUACAAGCAUUUCUGGAUGGCGCCACAAAUGGGUUCAUCUACUUUAGCCUUGGUAGUAACGCAAGAAGUGCAAGUUUACCACUGGAGAUCCGACGGGUGUUCUGCGAUGUGUUCGCCAAGUUGCCUUACAGAGUUGUCUGGAAAUUCGAGGAGAACUUUCCCGGGAACCCUGAUAAUGUUUACAUUGGAAAAUGGUUCCCACAACAAACUAUUCUCGCUCAUCCGAACAUUAAGCUGUUCAUUUAUCAAGGAGGCCUGCAGAGCAGCGAAGAGACCGUCCACUACGGAGUACCAGUUCUUGGUUUCGCUAUUUUCGCCGAUCAAGAUUAUCAAGUAGCCAGAAUGGAAGCUCUGGGCAUUGGAAAAUAUUUGGAAAUUACAACCCUUAAGAAAGAUGAACUUGAAAAUGCUAUUACAGAGCUUAUAACUAACAAAAAGUACAAAGAAAGGAUACUUUACAUCCGAAAUGUCAUUCAGGAUACACCGUACGAUCGGGUAGAGAAUCUCGCUUGGUGGACAGAGUACGUGAUACGAACGAAAGGCGCCCCUCAUCUUCGCAGUAGUCUAGCUUUUCAGCCUUGGUAUCAACGUUGCGAUAUGGAUAUUGUAGUGUUCUUAACGAUCGUAAUUUUCUUGAUCGCUUCUGCUACCUUUUAUUUAAUUGCCAAGAUUCUCGUCUACAUUCAUAAGAAAAUCAAAUCGACUGAAAAGCAAAAGAUAAACUAAGUAUUUAUGACGCAAUUGAUUGAAGAGAAGUACUUAUAGCACAAUUCAGUCCAAGUGACGCAAGCAUUUAUCAUCUCAUUUCAACAGAUGAAUUUUAUCUAGUUUCGUUAAGGAAAUGAUCAUCCUGCGUUUUAUAAUUGGCGAGUUACUGGUCACAAGACUAACGAUUCUGGCUCGAAAAGACUUUCAAAUAUAAAAAAAGUUCAAUUAACAUUGAAAUCCCAUUUAUACAUUGUUGAUGUCCUGAUUGAGAUUUUUUGGGGAAGCGUCAAGCUUAUUCUAUAUUAUUAUCAAUGGAUGAUAAGAUUGCUUUUCGCUUGGUGAAUGAGGCAGCGCAGGGAGAAAUUACAUCGAAGCCAUGGAUAUGUCAAAGUAUGGUGUAUCAAAAUAUCGAUAUACAUAAAAACCGAAUGCGUCAUGUAGUUAUUCGAAAUAGAUUCUUUAUAUUAUA